GCGGGCGGGCCAGCCGCGGAAUACUCGGACUCCCUGCCGUUCGCUGGCUGCUGCCGUCCGGGGAGCGGCUCCCGGGGGAAGACACCUCGGCGUCUGGGACAGAGACACAGUGAAACAGGAGACCUCGCAUAGCAGCGGAUCCUUCCUCUUCAUCCCCUCAUGCACUCUUCAGGUCGGACUGCAAUGAGUGGACUGAGGUCUUCUGGGCUGCUGGGGCUUGUACUCUUAAUGCUGUCAGCAGGAUACUGCAAAGAAAAAACAGACUCCACAGAUUUGAAGGACAAGCAAAGUCUCUUAAAUCUCAUCAUGGAGAUCAUUCAGGAACUGAAAAGGUACCACCUGGAGAAGGACAGUGGGAUGCAGUACUUCUCCAAGCAUGACUAUAACUUGGAUCGAAGGGAAGUGGCCGACUAUGGAGGGUACCAGGACGAGCAGAGAGUUGAAAUAGUUCCCAGAGAUCUGAGGAUGAAAGACAAGUUCUUGAAGCAUUUAACAGGUCCACUCUACUUUAGUCCAAAAUGUAGCAAACACUUUCAUCGGCUUUAUCACAAUACGAGGGAUUGUACCAUCCCAGCAUACUAUAAAAGAUGUGCCAGGCUUCUUACUCGACUGGCAGUAAGCCCUAUGUGCAUGGAAGGAUAAAGAUCUUACUACCACGACACGGAACACCAAGAACCAAGAGAAGUGCCUUGGAAACCAACAGGGAAACAGAACUUACUACCUUUUAGCGAAUUCCAUUGUGAACAAGAGAUUUAUUUUUGCAGAUUGACAGACUACUUCCCAUAAUUCUUUUAACAUGCAUUUUGUAUGUCAUUGACAGUUUGCAGAUUGACAUUCUUUACAGUAGCAUAACUGCCAGUAGUACUUAAUGCUCCAUACUUAAAAACACACUACAAUUGAUGUGUAAUGCUGCCAAAAAUUAUGUAAACACAAAUAUUUCACCAAGAAAAUUCAUGUUCUGUUGCUUAAUUCUACAGUUUUAAGGAAUGUUUGUUUGUAUAUCUAGAACUACUAAAGAUCUGCUCCACAGUAGUUGUGGUCACUCGAUAUCCUUCAUGCUUAUGCAAUUUUUAAAAAGUUUGGUUAAAACAGACUUGCAUUGGGGUCACAUUGUACCCUGGAGUACAAACUGCAUGACAAACAGGAAUGUUAUUCCAAGUAGACAUACUUUUUGGGACAGUGGAGCAUGGAUUUUGUACACAAACACAAGCUGCCAUUAAUUUACUUUAUAUAAUAAAUGUAUAAAACAUUCCAGUGAACGUGCAAUAUGUAAAUACUGUAAAUAACAAGC